AUGCUGGUUCAUGCGUUACCUGCUCAUGAAGAUCAAUCUUUCCCCCUCGUGAAACGUUGUAAUUUUUUCAAGGCGCUAUUUCGUGGUUGCGGUGAGCAAGGAAUUGGUGAAGAUUGUGCGCAUCAAGAAUGUCAAGAUGGCCUGAAAUGUAGGGAGGAUCCGGUCACUCACAGUUUGACUUGUAGAGACAGUUAA